AAAAAGCCAGUCAUACUUUUACUGCAACAGCAAUGCAAUAAUCAGCAGCCCUCACUGGACAACAGCAAUGCAUUCACUGACAAUCAAUCACCCACACCUGGUAAUAAUCAAAAAGGCAACCAUACCGUACCGUACUACCCAAGGAACUCGCUGCUGUUGCUGUGUUUCUUUUCGUACACAAGAGAAGGAAGGCUAGCUAGCUAAGCACGCUACUAUAAGAGACUCUUGAGGAAUUGGCUCUGACACUACACUCGUCGAUCAAGUUAACUGGAGUUGGACAUUCCGAUACCACACCUCCUUUAUAGAAGACAGAUCCGAUCAGAUUGAAGCCAUCGUGAAGACUGCCGCGACAAGCACAAGCCAAAAAGGAGCAAGAGCAAGACACGAAAAAAGACGAAAAUUUGGAGAAGAAUUCGAGACAUUUGCACCAAAUUCGAUUCCAAUCCAAUCCUCCAAGUCAAGUCCAUUCAAGCCAAGUCCAAAAAAGAAAAAAAAGAAAAUAGUCAAGAUGGACUCUUGUUUCCCCUCGACGAGCAGCAAUGACGCUACUCUCGAUAGCAGUAGUGUGAAUUUGGGAGUGGCAACUCCUCCCACCCACGGCACUACAACUACUACCAGUAGUUCUACAACGACAACCCCCGCGAACACGACUCGCGAGUCACUGCAAUUGGACGCCAUGGAAUUGGACGCGUAUCGUCGAACAGCUGUCUUACUACAAUCGCCUGCGUCUUUCUUAGCUCCCUUUCCGUCGGUCGUCAGUUUGCGCGACAUUCGACAAGAUCCUCUACCGGAAUUACGAGAUCACACCACGACGCAUCAUUUCGUUUCUUCUACUAGCACUGCUGCUAGUAGCAAUAACAGUACAGCCGCACAAGAAGCCGCCGCGGCUCUGGCCGCUCACGGUUUGGCACCAUCCCUACUCAUUCCACCCGUCGCAGCCCAACAACCACAAGAUCCACUCUUUGAAUUGAGUCCCACGUCGUUGCUGUCGCCCAACAAAGGCCAUCACGCCCUCUUUCGAUCGCUCGAAGAAUUGGAAGGACUCGAAAAGGAAGAAGCCACUCUUAUGGAACAGCAUUCCCCACUCACGGCACCACUGACUCAAAUUGUCACGGGACGCACCGACGCUCCUCCAUUGGAACAAUUGCGGGCGUUUGGCACUAUUCCUCGUCGCGUUUGUCAACACCCAUUCAAACGCAACGAUAUUGUCUGGGUCUGUCGAACCUGUCAAGCCGAUGAAACAUGUGUGCUGUGUCAUGCCUGUUUUUCUCAAUCGCAUCAUGCCGGCCACGAUGUCGCGUUUUAUCAUGCCCAAGCGGGAGGAUGUUGCGAUUGCGGCGACCCGGAUGCAUGGGAUCCCCGUGGCUUUUGUCCCCAUCAUGGACCUCGAUCGUCUUCCUCGACUACUACACAAGACGAGAAUAGUCCAUUGGCACCUGCGCAAGUCCAACGUGUUCGAGGCGUCGUUCCGUCCGUUGUCGAUUGGAUGGUCGAACGAAUUGCCAAAAAUGCACAAGCCGGGUACAAACGCGCCAUGACUGUGGCGGUCGAUGGUACUGCCAACAAUCAAAAUGACAAUCUGCAAAGCGCGGCACUCAUGGACGAUGAUGAUGAUGAUGAUGAUCCAAACAAUAACAGUCAAAUGGACGAAAGUGCGUCGGAUAUUUUCCGACAAGCACCACCGGGAUUUGCGCCACAUGCAGCAGCAGCAGCACAAGCACAACAAAUUCCACUCCAUUUACAAGCCAAUUUGCAACUCGGGAAUCCAAAUGCAUGGACCGCACGAACUACGCCCAUACAACAACUUCAACAACAACAAUUACUAUUACAGCAACAACAACAACAGCAUACAUCUUCCAAUACUAUUGACAACAACAACAACAAUACCCUCUUUGCACAACAACUGGGAGCCAUUGGACGACAAGGACAUGGACUCUACCUGGUCUUGUAUGCCGAUGACAUUCAUUCUCCGUCUCAAUGGAUUGAUGUCUUGCGCAACUUUUUGGGAGCGUCCUCUUACUACACCGAUUCGCUAUUGGCCAAAUUUGUACGGGCGCUACGCAAGUACGGACAAUUAGUGGUCUGGGGGACGAUGGAAUUAGUCGCCGAAUGUGGUUCCACCAAUACCAAAUUGUGGUUGGAUGGCGAUAUGGUCGCAUCGGCACAAAUUGCGUCUGCUUUGCUGAAGAGAGCCCAAAAAUUGAUUCAACACGGAUUCUUUUGUUCCAUUUUUACACGACACGAACUCCAAUUGGAACAACGCGCCGUUGCCGUACUCCAAUGGGUCUCGGCACUGGCGCGCAGUUGCGAUCCACUCUGUCGGACCGUCGCCGAAUGCAUCUUGCCCAAUCGACAUUUGGUGCCACUACUGCGAGCCGAUUUUAAAUUGUCGGCCCGUAUUACCAAGGCGUGGUAUUCCCUCUUGUUGACACUGCUGGCGGUACCGACAUUCAAGAGUCACUUGGCGGCUGCCUAUUGCGAUACCUAUCGCAGUGUCACCGCCAAAUAUGCCGCUGGAAUGGGAUUAUUGGAACGAUCGGCAUAUACACUGUCGGUGCAAUUUCUCAAUCGCGUCACGUACGUGGUCGAUCUGGUACAAGGACGCGAUUUGCUCGGUAAAUUGGGCAAAUCGCUGUUUGAAACGUUGCGUGUGGCGAAACAACAACAACAAGCAUCGCUGGCACUGACAACGCAACAGAAAAAUGCCAGACUCAAUCCCAAUCAUUUUGUAUUGAGUCAUCGACGGUAUUCUCCUUGCAUAUCCGAUUUGAAGUGUGUCUUGAAUGUCAAGGGAAUGCGACGAUUGUUCGCCUGUGAGGAAGGAACCUUUUUGAGUGAUUGGGUGGCGGCACUCUGUUUGGCACAGUUUAUGGAUACACAAGUAUGGAGGCAUUGGACGCAUGGACAUGUCGAAGAUGAAGUCCGAGGGUGGGUCGGUGCCUUUAAUUUGAGUAUCUCCUUGGGAAGUUUGUUUGAACGAUUGCUGAGUUGGGAAGACGAAGAAGCAUCGCCCAUUAAAGAUCCGGCGUCGCCCCUGUCGCGGAAUUUGUUGUCGUGCAUGCAGUUGACCUACCAUAUUCUCAUUUCGGGAAUCUCCAAGUGGCAACAAGUCGAAACCAGUACAUUUCUACCGACGCGAUACACCACGGCGAUUGACCCGCACAAACGUUCCCCGGCCAGUUUGCCCUUUUCGACGGUCGCUGCCAAGCACGGAUGUGCCCUGGCCAUGCAACAGCUGUCCAUUGCGCAAGUGACGCCAUUUAGUUUUCAUUUGCCACUGCAUCGAUUCCUAGCGGCAUGUCUGAGGGAAUUGUGUCUGCGGGAAAAGGAUGGAUUGGAAGCCUUGUUCCAUUUGAUUGCUACCCAGUUGCCGUUGGUCGAGGAACAAGACACGCUCUUUCGUGGGUUGAUGGAGUUUCCCGUGCUGGUCUUGACCCGGGCUUCUCAAGUUCGUGCCGGUCUCUGGCGACGCAAUGGCCCCGGACUCAAUGAUCAAGUGCUGAAUUAUGCCGAGCCUCCCUUUUGUCGGUCGAUGCGAGAUGCCGAUUUGCUGCUGGUUCAGUUUGCAGUCUUGAAAAAGACAUGGCAUCAAAGCCCAACUCCGAGACCUCCAUCGGAUGUGGGCAUUGCCUUUUUGGUUCAUUUGCUGUUGCACCGGCUGGGAAUUUUUGAUGUUUCCGGUCUGACCAAGGCGCCCAAUUCGGAUAUCAAUCGCUAUCUGGAAGAAGUAUCUGCCAAACUCUAUCCCCGAGAGUUGAGACCGGACACAGCCAUGGAUGGCAGUGACAUUGUGUUGCCAUGGACGUAUUCACCUGCCAGAGACGCUGCGACCCGAUUGGUGUUGCUGGAGGAGUUUUUGCAUUUGAUGGUUGUGUUUGUUGUUGAACUUCCACCGCUGCCGCCCAAAGACAAGGAGGACCACACCAACCAGGCGAAAGAUCGUCUCCGUCGCGAAGUUAUCCAUAGACUGGCAUCUGGUCCCAAGACGCACAGCGAGUUAUCCGAAGUGCACUUGGUGUUGUCCUACUGGGACAAUGUUUUCUUGAGCGAGGAAGGGAAACUGGUCAAUCCGGAUGACGCGACAGGAGCGGCGCUGGGUGCGGUUCUAGAAGAGGUCGCAGAUCGAAAGUCGAGCCGCGGCAAACUCGAACCAGACAAGUGGGAGCUUCGUAGAUCUGCUUGGGAAGCCUACGAUCCUUCCUUCUAUCAUGUGAGUUUACGAAGCCAUCAAACAGCAGCAGAGAAUCGACCGCAACCUCCCAAUGCACCCAACAAGCGACAGCUGUUUGGACACGCAAAACCGUACGGUCCCUUGACGCUGCCAGCCCACCCUACCUUUCAACGACUACGACGUGACGUGUCGGCUGAUGCCACAUUGCUCGCCAUUGCCUACAGAAUUUUGCAUCUCCACUGCCGUGAAAACAAAAAGAAAGACAUGGCCGACUUGAGGGGCGGCAGGUUUGCCUACGAAGACGACGAAAGGAGUGAAACGGCUCUUGCACGUGCGGUGCACAUCUUGACGCUAGGAGCAUUUGCCUGGGAGAAUGCAGAGGCGGGAGUCAGCAAUUGGCGCGAGCACGGCGGUGGCUCUGUUGGUAGCGUCUUCUUUGACAGACCCGACAGCCAUGAUGCGCCCACUGCUAAUAAUUGGGUCGAGGCAGCUUUGUUGGUGGAUCCAGGCGGUCUCCUGGACUGUGAAUGGUAUUCUGGCGAGGAAAAUGCCAUUGUUUUACUCAAGCGUUUGGCAGUCGAUGGAGGAAUGCCCGGAAGUUUCGUGGCGGGAGAUCGAUCUGUCCGUGCGGGUGCAGCUUGGUUGUGUGAAUUUGCGUUGAAAUGCAGCCCCGCUGCUGCGCACUUUCUUGGCGCCAACGCGACAGCAUCUGCCGAGAAUGGUAACCAAGAGGAGGAGGAAAAGGAAACAGAACUGCAAAGGAAGAAACGCGUUGCCAAGGAAAAGGCUAUGGCAAGAAUGAAAGAGCAGGCUGCCAAAUUUGCUUCCAUGAUGAAAGUCGAACUCGACGACGGAGGAGAGGACGAAAAGGACAAUUCUAGCCAAAACAGCGCCGGCAAAGACCUCAGUUUUAGCAGUGCGGGGUCGGAUGCAACCAUGCACCUUGCAGACAUGGCUGCUUCGACGCAUCACCAUCCGACCCGUUCAUCCAGUCUUGGUUCCAACCGGAGCUUGUCAUCAAUCAGCGUCGAAACUAAUGGCGCAGAAAGCGAAGCAAGUCUCACUCAAGGUUAUGCCUCGUCUGCCGCUGAUAACAAUGCCAGUGGAUACGACGAUGCGGUCAUACCUGAUCGCCUACUGAAAGUGAGGCCCCGUUGCAUCAUUUGCAACGACGAGUACAACGCCGAAUCUAGUGGGAGACCAUCGUACGAAGAAGAAACCCACAAAAGGAGUCGGCGACGAAAGAUGGACGGCGGGAACGCGCUUUGCUUUGUCGCCUACGGCCAGGCAAGUACGGUCAUGAAAGGCGGUGGUGGCCCGCCGUCUCCGAGUAGCCACUUGAUGGCUCCUGUUCGCAGAUAUGUUGGGGCUCACGUGGCUCUCUGCGGCCAUGCAGUGCACAGCGAAUGCUGCGAAGCAUACCUGGCAAUUGUCUCGCACAGAGAAGAGCGUGUUAUUGGUAAACGAGACGAGUUCCGCUGCCCCCUUUGUCAGCGUUUGAGCAAUUGCUUGGUUCCAUUCAUUGAUGUCGGCGAAGACUGGAUCUGCCAACCGACUUCUUCGGAGAGUGUGUCAAAUGAGCAGGCUAUUUCCAGUGCCAAGAGUGAAGCAGAUGUGGACAUGCUUUCGGACUGGGCCGUCAUUUCGCCGAAUGUUUCUGUUCCGCUGCAGAAGUUCUUGUCGACGACACCAUGGUGGGUGUCUCGGCACAAUCCGCAUGUAGUUUGGGAUGGCCAAAGCGCUUUCAUUAGCAAAUCCAUUCUGCCAACGUCUGAUGUUACCGGAGAGCGGGGAUUCGAAACAACGACAAGCCUUGCCAAGCCUCGUCGCCGAUCGGUGCGAUCCCUGCGGAAGAAGGAUCUUUAUGCGGCUUGGAAUGCCAUGAUGCGAACUCCGCGGUUUGUUCGACGAAAGUUUCGACAUCGCAGUAACGAUGAUUCUGCGGCUGCGUCUUCUCGCGGCAAUGAGAUGGGACCAAUUUAUGUGCCUGAUGUGCCCGUAGAGACUUCAGGGGAGACGGCAGUAUGGCGGAGGUUCAUGGACCAGGUGUGUGAUGUAGCGUACCGAGCGGACUCCAAACGACUGGGGGAGGAAAACUUACACAACGACUUUGGAGAGUUUCGCCAUUACAUCGUGGAGAAGUUCUCAUACAAUUUGGCAAAGCGAGCUGCUGGUAUUGAACCGGCUGAUUGGCCGUCAUGUGUCUUCUCGACGACUUUGUCGGAGACACAGAGGCAGGAAUUAUCUCGAGAAAAGCUGUUGUCAAAGCUUCUAAUGACUAUCCAGUCAUUCACCUACAGCUGCUGUUGCGAGGCAGCGGAGGCAAGGCGAGAAGUCCGAAAACACUUCCUUUCAUCCCGUGAAGUGGCUGGUUUAUCCGACUCAUCCAGUUUUGAUACAAUCUGCUCGAAAUUUGGCAUCACAGGGGUGCUGUGUGAUGGAAAACUGGUGCUCAUGCCGCAUCCCUCUUCAAAAGUGGACGAUGGAUCCCAGCCUUUCAAUGGGCGGUUGGGCCGACUGCGGUAUCUUGGUCUUGCGGCAAUGGCUGCAGCUGGGGCUGUGGCUGCGGAUUUGGUGCAACUUGCGCUAUGUUUUCCGCACAAUCGCAAGGAGGACAACGUAGAUGGACAUGAUAUUAUGGAUGUCGAGAAACCAGAGCGUGCUCCCAUUGCGUACCCAAUCUUAUAUGGCAAUGUGCUCACUCAUGUUGUAGCAGCCAUUACGGCAGCUUGCGGACGCGCCCGGGCACGAAGCGACUCGUUGGAACUUGCCUGGCCGGUGCCCUUUUCUAUUCGAGGCAGUUUUGCUUUUGCAGACAGCAGCAACGAUCGAAAGCGCAGCAUGGAUUCCACGCUGGAGGAUUGUGAAGGGUUUCUGAAGCUUGGUCUGUUAGCCAGAACACUGCAAGUGUUGCUGGCUGUUUUGGAGGUCAAACCGGGUAACGUGGACAGUGCAGUCUCGACCGUGGUUGCGUUGAGAGGUAUUCGGAACCAUCGAGACGACAACAUGUCCAAUUUGGAACGAAGCUGGGUUCUCUCUUGCCUGUCGUUGUUGGAAGGUGGGCUCGGGGACAACUUGCCUGAGAAGCUUGUCAGCAACACUUCCGCCGGCAAUCAAAACGGCCUUUUUAACGUGUUCAAUGAAGCCUGUGUGAUUGCCGCCGGAGCAGCAUGUUCCUUUCUUGUGGAUAUCAGCACUGUGCUACAGGUUCUUGUCCCUGGUGUCAUGUCGCGGUAUGAUUGCCAGUCUGCCCAGAUGGCGUCAUCGGAAUGGGAUAGAGACCCGAGUCUUCGAACAUUCGAAAAGUUAAGGGUAUUGCUCGAAAUCGAGCCAAUCGAAGAAAUGUUGCAGUCAUCUUCGGUCCUGGAAAUUGUUUCGUAUUGGUUCAACUCGGCUCAUGAGCACGCUAGAGCUGCUGGAUUGUUUCCAUCGCCUUUGCCUUCCAACUCGAUCUGGGAUGAGACGCGAUCCAUCCGACACCGGCUUUAUCGAACACAAGGGUUCCAUGCGAUGGAUUGGCCCAUGCAGUCCUCUCCUGAUUUCUUGAGCCAUCUCGGAAAGGCAUCCAACAGCCGUUCCAAGGUAUCAUUCAAAGUUGUGAGUGGAGAGCAAGAGCCACAGCAUGGAAGCAUGAUGCAGGUCGAGGCGUUGAUGCCGACAGACGAAGCGUCAACGACAACACCAGAAGUACUCCGACAGCAGUCAGCACCUACUCUGGUCACGUUCAGUGCCAAGAAGACAGUCCCAUUGAUUGGAGGUUAUUGUGAUGAAGCGCUCGCCAAGCAGGUGAUCAAUUCUCGUCCUCGUGUGGCGGUUAUUCCCACUUCCUACACGGAUCUUUAUGCCGAGUUGGGAGCACUUCUCCCGGAUUGUGAGCAGACUGCGGUCUGUUUGAUAUGUGGGGAAGUGUUGAACGCCGGUGGUAAGGGCGAAUGCACCCGCCACUCUUACAAGUGCGGCGCUGGCACUGGAUUGUUCUUUUUGCUCCAAGAGUGUUCUGGUUUGAUCAUGCACAAGGGCAAAGCUGCGUACAUUCACAGUCCUUAUGUCGAUAGCCAUGGUGAAACUCCCCAAUACCGUGGACGUCCUUUGAAUCUUGACUUGGCUCGAUAUGACCAUCUUCGCGAAAUCUUUUUAGGUCAUGCCGUCAGGCAGCAAGUGCUGGCUGAACGAGGGAGCUCGCGACAGGUGAUUGUUCCGGACUUUUAUUGAGCGGCCUGUUGAUAGAAUCGGUCACCGGCCAUGAUGCGGCAUGCAACCUGUGUCGGCUCUUCUUGGAGAGCACAGAAAGAUCAAAUCGUUUCCAGGGACUUCUCUUUUUCAACCGAAACGAAGGGGACCAUGCAGCGGACGGAAGGCCCCCGAGAAGCUUCCUUCUGUAUCUAUCAUGUUACGAUGCAACAUAGACAUUCUACUUAAUAAAAUAGCUCUGAUAGG